CCCACUUCAGUGUGUAGGCAAAUCACAACCUCCACUAUUAUAUAUACACACACAACAACAACAAUCAAAAUCAACCCCAAGAGCUACCUUCCUUCAUUUCACCACCAUGCCAACCACAAUGCAGGAAUCAGAAUCAGAUGUAACAAGAAAAAGAAGAAGCAACUAUCAUAAUCUCAGACGCCUCAACCUAUGUUUCUCCUCCUCAACUUUCACACAACCCCAAACUCAUCCUAUAACUUCUUCUUCUUCUUCUUCUUCUUCCCUUCCUCAACAACAACAACAUCACAACCGUCCAUCACCAACCACCAAUGCAACCUCAUCAAUCAUGAUCAACAACUUCAACACCACUUUCUACCACCACCACCACCACACCUCCUCCUCUUCCUCCUCCAACCAAAUCGAACCGGAGCCCGAAUCCAAACCAGCCGACUUCGCCACCGCCUUCGCCUCCCAACGCUUCUUCUUCUCCUCCCCCGGCCGCUCCAACUCCAUCAUCGAACGCGCCAACACCAACUCCACCGCCGCCAGCCGCUGUAACAGCAACAAAUCCAGGCAGAUUCUGGACGGGAGCGUGGCGGUGCCAACCUACUCGCCGGACCCUUACGCGGACUUCCUGAGGUCCAUGCAGGAGAUGGUGGAGGCGCGUCCGGAGCUGUUGUUGACGGAGGAGGAGUCCAGCUGGGAAGCGUUGCACGAGCUUCUUCUCUGCUAUCUUGCGCUCAACCAGAAGAGCACUCACAAGUUCAUUCUUCGUGCUUUUUCUGAUCUUCUCGUCACUGUCAUGUCAUUCUCUUCUCCUUCUUCUUCUCCGCCGCCGCCGCCGCCGCCAAAUUUCAAUCUAAGCGGUGGUGGCGGUGGGUGUAAGAAAUCUUAGAUAGGUAUGUAUGUGCAACUUGAUAAAUUGUAGAUGUGGGUGCCAGACUGCUAGUUAAUAAUUGUCUCAUUAAUUACGAGUAAAUUGUUGAUUAAUUAAACAAAUGGCAUGCAAUUCUAAUGGUAAAAUAUGUUCUUACUAUACCCACUAAUUUGGACAAAUUAAAGUGAGUCUUAAUUAAUUUGUUUGUAGGAACUGUCAGUAUCGAGACAAAGUUGCGUAUUAUGAAAUGCCAUAUAGACAAUUGUUUAGGGGAAAAAAAAUGAGCACUUAUAUAGAAUACUAGUAUUUUUACCCGUGCGAUGCACGGGGUUAUUCAUUUUUGUUUAUCGUGUAUAUUUUUUUCUUUCUAAAUUUGUGUUAUUUUUAUGUUUAUUAAAAUAAAAUUUAUUAUGAAUUAAAAGAAUAAAAUUAAUUUUAGACAUCAAACAUAAAUUUGUAUCUUUUCAAGUGAUGAAUGUAUUGUUUUUAUUUUGUAGAAGCAAUAUAAUUUUAUUUUUUAUGGAUUUUGUACUUACUUAUUUUUGUAUGAGCUUUGAUUAAAAAUGUACUCACCACUACGUUGCAUAAUAAGUCUUUGUUUAUGUAAAAUACCACCACUUAAAUACUCUCAAGUUUCUUUCCAAACAAAUUAUGCCCUUAAAAAUUGAUAUGAUAAGAGUAAAGUAGCAAAAAGUCUUCUAAGAUUGUUUGCAGUACUGCAAUUCAAAGCUUCUAUUACUUCAUCAAUGUAAUAUUUAUCAUCGUUUAGUAAACUCAUUAUAUAGCACACGUUCUUGAAUGUGUCAUAUGUAACUUCAUAUACUUUUCUUAUGUCUGCAAAUGAAUGAGCCCUUCUGUAAUA